AUGACAGCCUCUAAACCCUACAGCGUGCCAGAGGCCACCAUCUCGGCCUUCCAAGCCAACACCUGGACCAGCACUCUGCUCAAGAACUCAUCCUACGAACCGGUCGAAACCCUCUGUCGCAAACCAAAGACAAAGACAGGAGAAGACAUUUUCUUCGCAUCCACCAUAAACACACCGUCUACAAUCCCACACCUCCUAACCCUCCACCGAAAGCCGAACCUCCUCUCCCCGCCGCCAUCAAAGGCUCCAUCCCUCCCCGCUCCGCCAGCACAAUGGCCAAAGAUUCCCUCCACCCAGCCAGCAGAUAUAAUCAACUUGCUCUUUUUCGGUGAGCCAGGCGUCAACGGUCAUCCUGGCGUCGUGCACGGUGGCGUCAUCUCUACGCUGCUCGACGAGUUGAUGUCCGUCAGCAUCGCGGCAUAUAUACCCGGUUUCGACUUUAACAACCCCAACAAGUUUGGUAGGCUGUAUACGAUGCAGUUGGAUACUAGGUUCAAGCAGCCUGUUAGAGCUGGUGCGCAUGCUAUACUGAAGACAUGGGUUAUUGGCAACGAGGGGCGGAAGUGGUGGGUUAGAGCGCAGCUGGUGCAGGAGGAGAACCCGAUCAAGCCGAACGGAGAGAAGGUGGAGUGGGUGAAGAGGAAGUAUGUGUGUGCUGAUGCCGUGGGAUUCUUCAUCAUGGUCAACGAUUCGAAGCUUUAG